CCGAAAAUCGAAGGAGUAGCGGCCGCUGGAACGGUCCCCUCCAUUCCCGCCCACCGCGCGCGCUCUCCGCAUCCUCCCUCCACCUCCCAAACGAAGGGGGUGGCCCUAGCCCGCUCCGGCGUGGCCAGGGGAGGUGUCCGGCUUUCCCCGCGUUCUCCGAACUAGCUGCGGGAAGGUCUGCGGCCGCAAAUGGUGUGAGCAUUCGUAGGAUGGGACUUUACCUGACCGGCAGAUGCGCCUCGCUCAUUCUCGCGGUGCAAAUAGCAUCCCUGGUGCAGGCCGUGAGGGCCGCGGGCAAGUGCGAUGCGGUGUUCAAGGGCUUCUCCGACUGUCUGCUCAAGCUGGGGGACAGCAUGGCCAACUACCCGCAGGGCCUGGACGACUCGACCAACAUCAAGACCGCGUGCAUGUACUGGGAGGAUUUCCACAGCUGCACGGUCACUGCCCUGACGGAUUGCCAGGAUGGGGCCAAAGAUUUGUGGGAUAAACUGAGAAAAGAAUCCAAAAAUCUCAACUUCCAAGGCAGCAUGUUCCAGCUGUGCAGUGGCAGCAGCGCGGCCGCCGCCGUCCUGCGCCCCGCACCCGCGGUGCUCCUGGCCGCGCGCUCUCGGCAGCACUGGCCGCCCGGCUCCUCUGAGCGCGCCCCCCCGCGCCCACCCAUCACUCACCCUCCCGGAACGCCCAGGACAGGCCCCGCGCUCCCGGGGACGCGGCGGUCCCUUGCGACGAUGCUCGGGGCGCAGCGCGUAGGGGCUGCGGGAAGCCGGGUCCCCUGUGCCAUUUCCUCCGACCACCGCCCGCGCGCCGGGGUACCCACCCCGCCGGCCGGCCCAGCCUCACUCAGCUUUAGUUCGUUCCACACCAAAACGCGCCCUGCCCUGCCGCAGAGCAGAGACCCGCCCCAUUGGUUUCCGACUUUCCGUUCUGUCUGAUUUAUUUUUGGUUAUUAUUUGAUGAUUUUGGCAAAAGAAUCUCAGGAACGGCCCUGGGCCACCUCUAGUCGCCAUGUGGAUGGGACCUGCUGCCAGGAUGGGCGGUGGCGACGGGCAGGCCCGGGGCAGGGACCCCGCAGCCCAGCCAUGGCCCCGGGCGCUCUGUGCCCAAGGCGAGCGGCUUUCUGCCAUGCCACCUUGUUUCCAUCAUCGCCACUAGCCACGUCCGCGUCUCCUCGAGAACACCCUUCGUGUGGCCGAGUGGGAUGGAAAGAGGAAAAGGGUGGAGGGAACCUGGUUUAGUAUAGGUGAAGGCCCACCCCCCCAGCAGGCUGCGGGCUCCCUCCUGCGGACCGCCUGCCCUGGGACGCAUCUCCCUCGCCAGUCCACCCACUGUCUUUGCGGGCCUCUUCUGUUAUCCGUCACCCAUCCAGUAAUACCUGAUCUCCAUCGGGAUAGAUCGCAGGGGGGGAUGUCAAACGUUCAUCUAAAAUAUAGUUAAAAAAAGAAAAGAUUUUGACAUAAAAGAGCCUUGAUUUUAAAUAAAAUAAAAACAAAGAGAGAUGUAAUUUAAACAGUUUAUUAUAAAUUAAAUUCAGCAAAAAAUAAUAAUAAUAAAAGAUUUGCUACAAAGUAUAGAGACGUAUAAAAUAAAAGUUAUUGUUUGAAACGGAA